CGGUGCGCUAGGCGACAUUAGGACUAGCGUCUCUAUAUCCCAAAAUCUGUCUGGCCUCGUUCAAGGAGAAAGUCGCGAAGCACGCCCCAGCAUCAGAGAGGAAGCUAUAGCAACAUCACCAUGCCUCCUCGGAUACCAGUCCCGCAAGGGCUGCAUAGCUUAACAUUAUGUCUCCGCCCAGCAACAUCGGCUUUCACGCCGAGCUUCCAGCCCCUGAUACAGACAGCAAAUCUCAGCCAAAGAGAGAAGAAAAAGAGGAUGAAGCAAGACAAAUACGGGUGGAUGCAGGCGGAACAGCGUAAGGCCGCCCACGUCGCCCAUCAUGACACCAUCCAGGCGCAGCGCAACGCGGAAUGGGGCAGUCCCAUCCACGGCAUCACCACGCCCUUUGUCGAGUCGUUUGACUCGGCCGGCCAGGCCAAGUUCACAACGCCGCCCAUCAACGCCGACGGCGUCCCGCUCGAGGACCCGCGGCCGCUGCCAACCGCGCCGCACCUCAAGAACCACCUACUCACACAAGAGGAGCUGGACAAGGCGAUUGAGUUCGCCGGGAGGCUGGCGGAGCCGCUGACAGGUGCCGAGCGCGGCAUCGACAACCCCAGGAACAAGAACGCCGAGGAGUGGGAGGCCGAGGACUAUGCAUAUAGGCACGCCAAAGCGGUGGUUGCGCUGCAACGCAUCACGGACCUGAACAACGGCAGCGCCAAGGACCGGAAGCACGCCAACAUCCGGCGGUGCAUCGACGUCUUUGGCCGCCACAACACGGACCAUACCCUCGCGCGACCGGGCCCGCCGACUGCGCGAGGCGUGGAGCCCCAGCCGAAACCCGAGCGAGCCGGUCCCGACACAGGCAGCAGCGAGGUGCAGAUCGCCAUUCUCACGGCCAAGAUUCGGGCGCUGGCGCUGGUACUCGAGGGGCCCAAGGGGAACAAGGACAUCAUUAACAGGAGGAAUCUGCGGGUGCUCUGCCACAAGCGCCAGCGGCUUUUGCGGUACAUGGAGAGGAAGGAGAGAGGAAGCGAGAGGUGGCAGAACAUGAUCAAGACGCUGGGGCUAUCUCCCGCCACGUGGAAGGAGCAGAUCAGUUUCUAA